GUUUAGCUCGCACUCCGCAAGCCGCAACCCUAGACAUGCAUGUAAGCUCGAAGAACAAAACCUGAAAAGUAUAUAAACUCCUCUUUUCUCUGUCAAAUUUUACAAGAUCUUCUUCUUCAGCACCAGUUGCCGCUUCUCUUCCCAUCUCUCCGACGAAGCUCAGCAACGAUGGAUUACCCCAUGAAGCCGACGAAGCCUGGCUUGGAGGAAUCCGCGGAAGAGAUUCUUAGGGUCCGGAUUACUCUAACUUCGAAGAAUGUUAAGAAUCUCGAGAAAGUUUGCUCUGAUUUGAUUCGCGGUGCAAAGGAGAAGCAUCUCCGGGUCAAGGGGCCGGUGAGGAUCCCCACCAAGGUCCUUCGCAUCAACACCAGGAAGUCGCCUUGUGGAGAAGGAACCAACACGUGGGAUCGAUUCGAGCUUCGCAUUCACAAACGGGUCAUCGACCUCUUCAGCUCUCAGCAGGUGGUUAAGCAGAUCACGUCAAUUACUAUCGAGCCAGGCGUGGAGGUUGAGGUCACCAUUGCUGACACCUGAAGUUAGAGGCUUGUCGUUUGUUUCUGUUUAAUAAGGCAUUUCUUGGGUUGGCGUAUGUGGGGAUUGCAUAGCUAUGUGCAUCGGAGUUGCUGAUUUCAAUCUUUCUUAAAACUUAGGCUUUGAGAAGCCCACUUUUAGAAUAAGAUCUGCAACGAAACAGGACCCUCCUUGAGGUUUAGAUUUCAAUGAUCGAUUACUUUUUUUUUCCAGUUUAAGCGUGUAAAUUGUCACGGGGUAAUAAUCGAAAAUAUUCUGGUAUACAA